AAAUAAAGAGGGAAAUUAAGAGCACCCGAAACCAGAGAGCUUUGGCAAUAAAAAGGCGAGCUCACCAGUAAAUUGCUUCAUACAGUUUUUGAACUUGGCAAAGUGCGGACCUCGCUUAAAAUUAAAUAUUAAAAGUAAAUAAAAAAUGUGCGGAAUAUUUUCCAUAUUUUCGCGGGAUGGCGAACCGAUUCCGCCUCAAAUUCUUCACGGCAGCAGGCACAGUUUAAGGGAGCUGGCUUAUAGGCAGAGUGGAAAGCAGCGGCAUCGGGGUCCCGACUCCACGGGGGUCUACGUACUGCCCUCCGAGGGCGUGGCCAUGGUCCACGAACGCCUGCGAAUUGUGGGCGUGGAGAGGGGCGAUCAGCCCUUCGUCUCGGAGGACGGCAACCUCAUCCUUGUGGCCAACGGAGAGAUCUACAACUACCUGGAACUUUCGGCGGAGAUUGCCAAGAGACGAGGCUCCUACAAGCCCAAAAGCGAUUGUCAUGUGAUAUUGGAACUCUACAAGGAUUAUGGCAAGGAUCUGCUGCAAUACAUCACCGGAAUGUUUGCCUUUGCUCUGUACGAUCGAAGGACCAAGGAGGUUCUCCUGGCUCGAGAUCCCUUUGGUAUAAUACCCAUGUAUGUGGGUGAAGAUGCGGCGGGUAACCUUUGGGUGGCCUCCGAGAUGAAGUGCCUGGUGGAUACUUGUGGAUCCAAGGUGGAGACUUUCCCGCCUGGCGAGGCGAGGUUUGGUAGAGUUGGUGAUCUUAAAGUGUCCUGGCAGUUUGAGCAACCUUGGCUUACAGAGGUGCCCAGUCAACCCUGCGAUUUAUCCCUACUCCGAGCCAACUUGGAGUCGGCGGUGCGCAGUCACCUGCAAUGCGACGUCCAACUAGGAGCUCUUCUCUCCGGCGGAGUGGAUUCCAGCCUGAUAGCCUCCAUUGCCACGAAGAUCAUGAGGGAGAGGGACCCCACUUUCCGGCUGAAAACAUUCUCUGUUGGAUUAAAAGGUGCCCCCGACUUCCAGGCUGCCAGAAAUGUGGCCAAAUAUAUAGACAGCGAUCACAAGGAGCUGGUCUUCGAGAUCGAUGAGGCUCUGGAUGGGAUUAGGGACAUAGUCUACCACCUGGAAACGUUCGAUGUGACCACCGUGCGUUGCAGUUUGCCCAUGCUCCUCUUAGCCAGAUAUAUUAAGAGCACCGGGAUUAAGAUGAUCCUCUCGGGCGAAGGAGCAGAUGAGAUCUUCGGUGGUUACCUGUACUUCCACAAGGCUCCCAACUACCAGCUUUUCCACGAGGAGUUGGUCAAGAAAGUGCAAGGCCUGCAUUUAUCCGACUGUCUGAGGGCCAACAAGGUGGCCAUGGCCAAGGGAGUGGAGCUGCGAGUGCCCUUCCUGGACACCGGAUUCGUUAACCACGUGAUGCAGAUCCGGCCGGAGGAUAAGAUACCAGGACCACUUAACCAGUUUGGAGGAGAACAGCAGAACAGAAUGGAGAAGUACGUGCUGCGUGCCGCCUUUGCGGAUAACUAUCUUCCGGAUGAUGUCCUUUGGCGGCAGAAGGAACAGUUCUCCGACGGAGUGGGCUACGAUUGGAUCGACACCAUCCGCAGUGUGGCCUCCAGUCGAGUAACCGAUGAGGAAUUCUCCACAGCCGCUCUGCGAUUUCCCCUGAACACUCCAUCGACCAAGGAGGCCUUCUAUUAUCGCUGCAUUUUCGCCGAACAAUUUCCCGGGGAGGCGGCUGCCGGAACCGUACGGAAAUGGGUGCCACGCCUUGAUUGGGGCUGUCCGGAGGAUCCAUCUGGAAGGGCUCAGGCCGUCCACCAGGUCCACAAAGACUGAUAGAACUUAUAAUUAACUUAGUCUAGUCCGAAUAAUUCCAAGCAGCAAGAAAUGCUGAGAAAUGCACAAUUAAUUUAUUGAAUUAAAAAUGAA